UUUAGAUAACCCUAAAAGGCCCGACCAUAUUCAAAUGUAAAAAAAAGGGAAAAGAUGAAAUGAAAAAAUUCAUUUCGUGAUGUGAAGUUGUUAGUGCAAUAUGUAGUAACUCGUCAUACCUACUUGUAAAUAGGAGCAAUUCUUGUGCCGAUCUUGUGCCGAGAAAAGAGGAACAACAAGAGAAAAAUCCAAAUACUCGAGAAUUUAAACAUGCAACAACAGAUUUUGAAACGUUCUUGCAUAUUAUAAAGGCUUCUCUGGGGUCCGGGCUGCUAGCAACACCAGAUGCCUUUAAAAAUGCAGGAAUCGCCUUGGGUCUUAUCGGCACGGCAAUGGCUGUCGCGGCCAUCACUCAUACCACCGCAAUGCUUGUGAGGAACUCUCAAACAUUGUGUUACAUGUUAAAAAAGCCAUUUCUGACAUAUUUCGAAACAGCCGAGUAUGCAUUUGAAUAUGGAAACCUACCCGCUGCCAAAGGUCAUGGUGGUCUUGCCAGGAGAUUUGUAAAGCUGUUUUCUUUAAUCACCUACUAUGGUGUAAACACAAUUUAUAUGGUCUUAAUCGCAUCAACAAUCAAGCAGCUCGUCGAGACUCGGAUAGACACUCAAUGGAACAUUCGAUGGUACAUUUUGUUGGCUCUCAUCAUAAUUCUUCCUGUUGGAGUUAUCAAACUCAUGAAAUUCUUGGCCCCUUUCUCAGCCUUCGCUAACGUUUGCCUUUUUGGUGGUCUCGGGAUUAUUCUCUGUAGAAUCCUGAGGGAUUUACCCCCUGUCUCCUCUAGGCCUUUGGUGGCUCCCAUUGAGAAAAUCCCUUUAUUCAUUUCGACAAUACUUUUUGGUUGUGAGGGCAUUGGAAUUGUGUUGCCGGCCGAAAAUGAGAUGAAAAACCCCGAUCAUUUCCUGGGGUGGACCGGGGUCUUAAGCUGGUCGAUGUUCUGCAUCGGGAUUUCAAACGCCAUUGUCGGGUUCUUCGGGUACCUUAAAUUCGGUGACGAGGUACAAGGUAGCAUCUCCUUAAACAUGCAAGACGAUUGGAUCUCAGAAUUAGUGAAAAUACUCAUUGCGCUGGCAAUCCUCUUCUCUUAUGGGCUUCAAAUGACAGUAACCUCCGAGGUUGUGUGGGACAGCGUGAAGGAUCGAUUUCACAAGGACAACUCGAAAAAGGCCUACUAUUGUGUCAGAAGCUCUCUAGUUGUUGGAACAGCCGUUGUUGCAGCUGUGAUACCCAACCUGGCACCAAUCAUAUCGCUGUUUGGAGCAGUUGGUUUUUCAAUGAUGGGACUUUUCUGCCCUGCUGUUAUAGAUCUAGUGCUUUACUAUGAUCCAGAAAGAGGUUGGACCGACUGGCGUUGCUUAAAAAAUAUUCUCCUCAUGUUAGCUGCUUUAGCUGCGACUUUGCUCGGCACAUAUUCAAGUAUGGUUGACAUCAUUACCAACUACGAAUGAUCUUAACCGGCGGAGGCGGUUGUAGGGAUCGCUCUGUGUAUAAAAGAGAAAGGAAUAGGGAGAAAGAGAAGUAGAAAGUAAGAUAUGAAAAUCUCGCAUUGAUUUUGAUAUGAGUGAGAACAUUUUUGAUUACACUGAUAAAAAUUAUCGUGUUUUUGUGUUACUUUUGGUAAGUGAAGGAAAUAGAACUCAAACCAAUUAAAAUUUUGUGUUGAUUUUAGUAUAAUUUGCGGCAAAUUUAGCAAAGACAACAUUGGAGAUUGGAGAAACUGGGAAGUCCCAACCGAAAGCUUGAAUUAUUUUGUGUUUAACUUCCCGUUUUAACCAAACUUUCGUGUUGAUUAUUUUCUUGGUGUGCUCGAAAUGAUUUUGUGAUUUUCUUUCCUUACGUAUGAGAAAAAAAGACCCCGUGAAAAAAUUAUGAAGUUGUUUUUGAAUAAUUUUUUUUACAGAAUAAGACACUCAGAAUAGGUUGUACAACCUAAAUGAAAGGAUAAAUGCAAAACAGCUGCAUAUAAUAUCAAUGGAAACUUGAGCCACCACGCCGUGACUAUUCUGACUACAUUUUGCAAUUCGGAACCACAAUAUCUGGCUCAAUGUAGGAACAAAGUAAGUACCAUUAGUUUCCCGAUGUACAUAAGUGUUUUUACGGAUGAGCCAGAUAUUUUAGUUCCUAACUGGAAAAAGAAGUCCAUUUGACGAACGCAAAAUUAAUGGCAACUCUUAAAUUCCGGUCUGAAUACAUGUAUUCAGAAAUAGCAGAAAGCAGAAAUAGCUGCAGCUAUUUCUGCUUGACGACUGCUUAAGUUGCACAUUAUGUAAAAAAUGAAGGGGUACCUAACUGCUGAGUUUUUCGGAAGUAGGACCGCACUGUGCGGUUGAAACCACAUAAUACCUGUCAUUGAUUGCCUGGUUUUCAAGUAUUCUAUAAACUAAAA